CACUUCUAGAAUCCAAAAAGAAAAUAAGACAAUCUUGAUGCCUUGACCUUUGGACUCUCACCUUCCAAAGCGAAUAGAACAGCUAGAGUGAUCUAUUGAACUUGAAACUAGAGAAUAUGAUUUGACUCCUCAACAUUUGCUAGUUUGGAAACUCGUGGAACGUUUAAGAGAUUUUUCCCCACUAUAUAAUCUUGGAUCUGAAGUUUAAAGUUUGAUCGACAAACACGCAAAAGAAGCAAUAAUGGGAUUUCUCAAUAGUUUCGUCGGUGUCUCAAUAAGUUCCCAUUGGCUGCGUCGAGCAUGACCGCACUGCAUGACUUCAUAUUUGAAUGUAACUUGUCUUGACCUCUAACCGGAGCCCAUCCUCUUCAGGUUUCUGAUUAGUCGCGUUAGGAGAAUGAAAUGUCAUAUUGGUUAACAUUCAUUGCAGGCUUAUAUCUUGUUGAAGUAUAUCCUUGAUCGAUUUGAAGGUUUCCAGUUUAUAAUUUUCUACAAUUGAUGAGUUUCUUCUGUUAGCUUGGAAGUUUCCACUUCAACAUGAACAACCCUUUCCCUGAAGAUAGUGAUCAGACCACCGUAGUGGGUUUUGAAGUUCCAAAAUCACCGGAUUCAACCUAUAACAAUGUAUACCUUGGAAGCGAAGAUGAUGCACGCGAUCCACCACCCGUCCCACCUCAUUUGCAGCACACCUUACUCAGUCACCCAGCAGGCCGAGAUGCUGGUGGAACUCUUCCUUUGCCACAGAAUGUGGUUCUCAACCAUCUUUUUAUCGAAAACCGGGAGACUCCACGUUCCGUUGUGGCUCUUGGAUUCACUCAUCGUUUUCAUUCAAAAUAUGUCACGGUUGUGCUUUACAAACCGGUUCAUAGAAGAGGAAGUAGCGCGCCUUAGUUAUGCAUAUACAUCUAAAUCAUUCAAUAGAACUAGUCCAUCGGUAGAAAUUGUUUAUGAAGUUAGAGCGGAAGCAUUUAACUUCUUCACCAAGUAAAUGAUUGUUGAUGGGUAGAUAUUGUUCUUGCAUUUUUUGAACUGUUAAAAGAUGCAAAUACUUCUUAUUUUCUUAGCUCGAAGUUUAGACUUUAGA